UCUAUGUCAGUGGAUAGUGAUAUUGUAACCAAAUGACUUGUGGUAAUCAGAAACCGAGAGCGAGAAAAAAUCAACUGCUUCUAUCAAUGCCUAUACUUCUAAAGUGUAUACCCCACUAGCAGAUCAGGCUGUUGUUUUGUGUUUGUAUCUGGUUUUUCUUAUGAUUAUCGUUGUUUUUCAUCUUAAACUAUCUUCUUUCCUCCUCACCUGCUAAUUAGUUUCUAGAAUUUGGUUAAGCUGAGCAAUUGAGGUGCUUCAUUCUUAAGUUUAGUUCGUUUUGUUUCAUACUUGAAAAUCGAGAACUGGUAAUUGUUCUAUCUCUAUAUCACUGUGUCUUUCCAAUCUUCAUUCAUUUAUCUUGUUGAGUUAUUAGCGUUUAUUUACCAAACAAAAAAUCUCUAUUCUACAUAAGUUCCUUUUCUAAAAAUUAUCUUAAAUGGAUACAUCAACGUCAAUUUACAGUGCUUCAGUUGGUAGCGGUGGAGAUAACAGUUAUAACCAGAUAAACAGAACCAAUGACCCCUUUUCGCCAUCUCAGAAUUUAGAACAUAGUCUAAACAACCCCUCCGCCGCCGCCUCUUAUCACACACAGCCUAUGCAGCUUAUAUCGCACCCUGAUACCACAAACAGUAAUACGAAGCAGCAACAUCCCCAGUGCUACAGCUACGGCGUCGUAUCCAACACACCACCGCACACUGCGAUUAGCACUUGCUCAAAUGGAACCAUGUCAGGUACGAGAAGCACCCAAGGCGGGGGUGUACAUGUGGGAGUGAGUAGUUACGGAGGGGUAAAUAUCAACAACAACAACAACAACAACAAUAGUAGUUAUAAUAAUAACAACAGUGGUUUUCUGUUGAAUUCGGCCUCGUCUCUGCCUUCGAUUUCGACCAGAUAUCCGGCCAAGAUCCAUUACAAGUUGAACAGGUCCAGUCCCACUCACCCGGCCAGUCAGACUGGUGGCGGUGGUGGCAACAACAGUGGCAGCAGUCCCACCACCUCCAACGUGUCCAGUCCUCUGGGCUCUGAACAGUGCAGUCCCCUCCUCAGUCCCUCCUCCUCCGCCCCCUUCAAUGCAACUAACAACACGGAGAAUUCACUCUACGACAUCCACGAGGAAAAUGACAACGACAGUGCAAUGCUAUCGGAGAACGACAACAACCACGAGGACAUCCGCCACCAGGAACUGCCUCGGAUACCUCAAAAUGGAACCGAGGAGGGGGAAGAGGAGAGGAAACAGCAGACACUUUCGAGCAACUCACAAUCGACACCUGUGAGAGGCUUUGGGGGAGUUGAGAUGGUUUAUCAAAACACGAGGGAGAUGAGUUGUGCUAGUGAAGAGAGUGUGAAUAUCAACCGGCGAGAGAAAGACCAGGACGGAAUGAGACACAGAGGCAGUUUCCCCAAAAGCCAGAAUGUCAAUGGUCACAUUGGUGGACACAGUGCAUAUAACCAACUGUACAAUGACCACGAUAGAGCCAUGAAUAAUGGGCAAAUAAACACUUAUGGGGAGAGUGUGGCCUCAAAUGGAGGGGAACACCAGCGACAGUUUAAUGGGUCGAGUGGAUUAGAAUUCGGAGUGGGUGUGGUUUCUUCGGUUGACAAGGAGGGAAUGAUCAGUGAUGGAGGUGGGGGUGAGAGUCGCAUCAGUACUACUACUACUAUGUGUGCUACACUGGAGAGUGCGUUGUCCUCCUCACAUUUCAACCGUGGCAGUGUGAUUGAACUGUCGAACAAGAAUCUGAAGAGAAUCGAGAAUAUCACCACUGAAGACCUCAUGCAGUCCACAGGCAGCAACUGUCUCACUUUCGCCAAAGUGAGCAACAUCACAGUCGUCCACAACGAUCACCACAGUCACAGCGAAUCCUCCGAUUACCACCAGCAACAGACUGCUCCGAGGGACAGCUCACAGAGAAUUGAGGUUACCCUGGAGUCCGACGGGCUGUCCUUGACCACCACAGCUAAUGUUGAGCAGCCGUUCAUUAGUCAGAGUGAGGGGUGGGUGAGUGCCUCGCCUAGUUUGACAUCCAGGCUGUAUGGUCUGGACUGUCAGCCAAUAAAACACGGUACUAUGCUUCUCAUAGGGUUCAAAGCCUCAAACGGCCCUGCGAAGCCCAAUACGAUAGCAGCAGAUUCGGCUCUGCGGCCAAGUGAAAACUCUCAAUUGAAUGGGUCGCAAAUUUCGUCUAGCUCAGCUAUGGACGCUUAUAGGGACGCAAACAGGAACAUACUAGGCCUGCAAAGCAGCCAUAGUAUGGACCACAAUGGAUUCUCAACCGCGUGCAAUGGGAACAAUAACAGGACAUCUGCCUCCACCACCUCCGGGAGGUUUGAGAAUAUGUCCUCCGCAGUGUCGGGAGGGGGACCCAGAUCAGCCUUCACGCCUAUUCCAAUGUCUCCCAGUAGGCAGAAUUGUAACCGGAAGAGAGCCCUUGGCCUUGACUCUAAUUUGGUGCAUGGAAAUGUAUCGGGAUCAAAGACGCCUGUGCUAGAGAAACAUUCGGACUACUAACUUAUCGGCCUUUAUCCCUGUGCACUCCUCCGAGCGUCUUUCGACACCACGCGAGCGUGUAACUGAUGGCUUUGUAUUUCUCUGAAGACGACAUAAACUGACAAGUGCUCAUUUCCUUUUGUAUUGAAAGUGAUGAAGUAAGAAAUGGAUGCUUGGAGCUUCAAGAAAAGUUUCUUAGAAGAUUAUCGGCAGUGGAUAUUCUAUUGGGAUGAUGAUUUGAUUUGAACUUUUGCAGAAAUUUUCCAGCUCUUCUCCUUAGAAUAUCGUCUUGUGUCUCAAACUAAAACUUCAUUCGAUCUAUUUCGAAGAGCUUAACAUUGUGUUACUAUCACAGAUAUAACGCAAUAUUUUGAAACUAGUUCUAAGUAAAGUGUUUUUCUUAGUCGAAAAAGAGAUAAAGGAACAAAGUACUGG